AGAUCUCUCUCCUCUCACAGUCACCACGCACGCACUCUGCACUCACGCUCUCAUUCUCUGAUUUCCCAAGCUGGCCAAGCACCACCACCGGCCACCACCACGCCGGUCGCCGCCGCCGCACCACCACGUGCCACUCUCCAGCCGUGCGCCCCUGCCUUUGGCUGUGCCUCUGCGGUUCUAAUUUCUACAGGAAGGUCAUAGACAAAUUUGAACCCCCUGACCCCGGGGUCCUGGAUCCGCCACUGGGUUAUAUGACUCAGUGGACCAAAAAUAAAGGGCAACUGACAAACUCUUAGAAGGGUAUGAGUCUCAAUGUCAUAAACAUAGGCUGUGGAUUUCUUUAAUCAAGUGAAUAUCCUGUUUGGUACGCUUACAGAAUUAUGUAUGCCAAAUAACUGUCCUUCAAUGACUGCAGGACCAAAUACAAACGAAACUAAUAUCAAAAUUGGAAGAACUUGUAUCUCCCCUUUGGCAAUUAGCAGUGAAGCUCCGCUGGUCAAGGAAACAAAUACUUUAUUUUGUGGUUGUCCCUAAUAUUAAGAAUCCUAACAUAUUUCCUCUGGACCUCCUCGGACUCUGUAAUUUGGUUCAGGCAAAAUGUUCUAUCUCAGUAGAAUUGAGCAUAAAUUGCCCUUGCCUCCUCCUCUUCUUGCCCUUCCCCUCCGAGAAGGCAUACACAUAGAGCUUGAGAAGCUUUUCUUGGAUAAGGUUAUUGCAAACUUGGGCCUUUGCAUAUCUGUUUAUGAUAUCAGAUCCAUUGAGGGGGGGUUUAUCUACCCUGGUGAUGGUGCUCCGACUUAUAAGGUGGUAUUCAAUUUGAUUAUGUUUCGUCCAUUUGAAGGGGAGAUUAUUACUGCAAAGCUUCUUUCAUCUGAUGAAGACGGCUUGCGCUUGUCCCUUGGAUUCUUCGAUGAUAUUUAUAUUCCUGCUCACAACCUGCCCAGCCCAAACCACUUUGAGGCUGAACCAAUAAAUAGCAAGAAAGGCACAUGGUAUUGGAAUUAUGGGGAUCAACCUUUUCCUAUUGAUGAUACUAAUGAGGAGAUCAAGUUCCAAAUUCAGAGUGUGAGUUACCCACCGAUUCCAGUUGAACUUCCAAAAGACUCCAAGCCAUUUGCCCCUAUGUUGAUCACUGGAUCAAUAGAUUUUGAUGGUCUGGGCCCUGCUUCUUGGUGGCCAACAGAAGAGGUUGAGGACGAGGAAACGCAAAUUGAAGAAAGUUAAACCUUUGUCAAGUGAUGUAUUCAUUGCAAGUUUAUGCUCGGUGCUUAGAAGAAAGUGGUCGCUGCUUGAAUGAUUCAAUGCAUAUUUUAAAGAUUAUUCAUUAUUGGCUUAAUUGCACUUUUCAUCCCUGAUAUAUACCCCUUGUGCAA